CAGACACCAUGGAGCCCCCCUCAGCCCCUGCCCACAGAGGGCACAGCCCCUGGCAGGGUCUCCUGCUGGCAGUCUCACUCAUAACCUUCUGGAACCCGCCCACCACUGCUCAACUCACUAUUGAAUCAGUGCCGCCCAAUGGUGUCCAAGGGAAGGAUGUUCUUCUACUUGUCCACAAUCUGACAGAGAAUCUCAUAGGCUAUGGCUGGUUCAAAGCAGACAGAGUCGAUCCCAAUCAACAAAUUGCAACAUAUGUGAUAGACACACAAGAAAUUACCCCAGGGCCCGUAUACAGUGGACGGGAAACGAUAUACCCCAAUGGAGCCCUGCUGUUGCAGAACGUCACCCAGGAGGACAUAGGAUACUACACGCUACAAGCCUGGAAAAAAAAUUUUCUAAGUCAAGUAGGAACUGGACAGCUCCACGUAUACCCGGAGUUAACCAAACCCAACGUCACAUGCAACAACUCCAGCCCCGUGGAGCAUGAGGACCGUGUAGUGUUAACAUGUGAAGCUGAGACUCAGGACACCACCUACCUGUGGCUGAUCAACAAUCAGAGCCUCCUGGACAGCACCUGGCUGGAGCUGUCCCUGGACAACAGGACUCUCACUUUACUCCGUGUCACAAGGAAUGACACAGGACCCUAUGAGUGUGAAACCCGCAACCCAGUGAGUGCCCGUCGCAGUGAUCCAUUCUACCUCAAUGUUCUCUAUGGCCCGGCUGCCCCCACCAUUUCCCCCUCAGACUCCUAUUACCGUGCGGGGGCAAACCUCAGCCUCUCCUGCCACGCGGCCUCUAACCCGCCUGCACAGUAUUCUUGGCUUAUUAAUGGGAGGCCCCAGCAAUCCACACAGGAGCUCUUUAUCCCCAACAUCACUGCGAAUGAUAGUGGAUCCUAUACCUGCCUCGCCCAUAACUCUGUCACUGGCUUCAAUAAGACCACAGUCAAGACUAUUACAGUCUCUGCGGAGUUAACCAAACCCAACGUCACAUGCAACAACUCCAGGCCCGUGGAGCAUGAGGACCGUGUAGUGUUAACAUGUGAAGCUGAAACUCAGGACACCACCUACCUGUGGCUGAUCAACAAUCAGAGCCUCCUGGACAGCACCUGGCUGGAGCUGUCCCUGGACAACAGGACUCUCACUUUAUUCCGUGUCACAAGGAAUGACACAGGACCCUAUGAGUGUGAAACCCGCAACCCAGUGAGUGCCCGUCGCAGUGAUCCAUUCUACCUCAAUGUUCUCUAUGGCCCGGCUGCCCCCACCAUUUCCCCCUCAGACUCCUAUUACCGUGCAGGGGCAAACCUCAGCCUCUCCUGCCACGCGGCCUCUAAUCCACCUGCACAGUAUUCUUGGCUUAUUAAUGGGAGGCCCCAGCAAUCCACACAGGAGCUCUUUAUCCCCAACAUCACUGCGAAUGAUAGUGGAUCCUAUACCUGCCUCGUCCAUAACUCCGUCACUGGCUUCAAUAAGACCACAGUCAAGACUAUUACAGUCUCUGAUCCAGUGGCACAGCCCUCCAUCCAAGCCAGCAACACCAUAGUCACAGAAAAUAAGGACGCUGUGGUCCUGACCUGCCUCACAAAUGACACUGGGAUCUCCAUCCAGUGGUUCUUCAAUAACCAGAGUCUCUGGCUCACAGAGCGGAUGAAGCUGUCCCAGGACAACAGCACCCUCACCAUAGACCCUAUCAGGAGGGAGGAUGCUGGCGAUUAUCAGUGUGAGGUCUCCAACCUGGUCAGUUCCAGCAAAAGUGACCUCCUCAGGCUGGAGGUGAAAGACUCAGUGGCACAGCCUUUCAUCCAAGCCAGCAACACCACAGUCACAGAAAAUAAGGACGCUGUGGUCCUGAGCUGCCUCACAAAUGACACUGAGAUCUCCAUCCAGUGGUUCUUCAGUAACCAGAGUCUCUGGCUCACAGAGCGGGUGAAGCUGUCCCAGGACAACAGCACCCUCACCAUAGACCCCGUCAGGAGAGAGGAUGCCGGGGAUUAUCAGUGUGAGGUCUCCAACCUGGUCAGUUCCAGCAGAAGCGACGUCCUCAGCCUGGAUGUGAAAUGUAAGUGACCUCUUCUCCGA